AUGUUGAAGAACGCUCAAAAUCGAGCACAGACAAUUCCGACCCCUGAUGAGAUUCCAGCUGAUUUUUGUGAUCCGAAUUGGGAUCAGGUAUCGACAACUUUGGUGAAAUCGCCUGGCAGAUUUUUUUUUGAAACCUGCGGGUUUGCACUUGGACAUGGACACACUUCGGAAUUCAGUUCUUUUAAUGCCUUCCACAGAAUGAUGAAAUCUCCGCAGCAACAGAUGAACCAGGGUCACGUGGCAACGAACUUAUUUCGUGACAAGUUGCAACAUCACCGUCGCCCACGAUCAGAAGAGUUACAGGAGAAUUGUCAGGAUACGGCGAAUGUUCCUAUUGAUACAAUUGCAUAUCGCAAACACUUUCCUGUUCAUCACGACCGCUACUUGGAAGACCCACAGGCGAUGCAACGUUAUAAGCGUUCGGAACCUACGGAACCUAGCUGCAUCGACAGCAGCCGAGAUGAAGAUGCAAGUUUUCAACUGACUCAACGGAUGAUGCAUGCAGAAGCAGAAGGACGCAUAGACAAAGCGUGCGCUGCAGGGUCUAAUUCGUGCGUCAUCAAAUGA